AAAGACGCCGGGCAGGCCGGGCGGAGCCCCGCAGUGGUAGUAGCAGGCAAAGCAGGCGGGCGACGCGAGGGGGCCUCCUUCAGGCCAGGCAGCUCGAGGCGACGCAACGCGGGACGCGCCCGGAGCUCCGACGAGGUUUCUCUUUGCCGACGGCGGCCUUUUCCCUUCUCGUCGAGGCGAUGGGGCUCCAGCGGAGCUGCCUGCGGCCCCUCCUCUUGUUUCUUCUCCUCGAGGUGUGGACUCUGCUAGCGGACCCGACGCAGCCUUGCUCCGCUGGCUUCACCUCCAGAGUCUUCACCUUCGAGGUGCCGGACGGAGACCUGCCCCGGGGACACGUUUUGGGCCAAGUCCAGUUUGCAGACUGCCAGGGAUGGAAGCUGGCCUCGUACACAACAGAGGAUGCCAACUUCCGGGUGCUGCCCAAUGGGACGGUCCUGGUGCAGCGCCAAACACUGCUCCAUGGGCAGGAGACGACCUUCGCUGUGCAUGCCUGGGAUUCCACGGGUACCAGAUCCUCCUCUGCCUUGGUGACUGUGCUGGUGCGAAACAAAGGCCCUCCUUCUCCAAAGGAGGAGUUUGAGCCUGCCAGCCAAGCAGAAGUGCUGUAUUUCUCCCCGGCAAAGCCUGGCCUGAAGAGGCAGAAAAGGGACUGGGUUAUUCCUCCCAUAUCUGUUCCUGAAAAUGAAAGGGGCCCAUUCCCUAAGAACCUUGUUCAGAUCAAAUCCAACCGGGACAAAGAAACCAAGAUCUUCUACAGCAUCACUGGUCAGGGUGCGGAUAGCCCUCCUGAAGGAGUCUUCAUCAUUGAGAAAGAGACAGGAUGGAUGAAAGUGACUCAGCCGCUGGACAGGGAGGAGAUUGACAAGUACCAUCUUUUAUCCCAUGCUGUGUCUGAGAACGGCAAGCCUGUGGAAGAGCCCAUGGAUAUCAUUGUCAGAGUCACAGACCAAAAUGACAACAGGCCUGAGUUUACCCAGGAGGUCUUCAGAGGGUCUGUCUUGGAAGGAGUGACACCUGGCACCUCUGUGAUGCAGGUCACCGCUACUGAUGCAGACGAUGGCAUAACACAGCUCAACGGUGUCAUUGCCUACUCCAUUUUGAGCCAGGUUCCCGAGGUGCCCCACAAGCAGAUGUUCGCCAUCAACAAGGCAACAGGGGUCAUCAGUGUGAUUGCCAGUGGCCUGGACCGAGAGAGAGUGAGUGAAUACACACUGACCCUGCAAGCAGCAGACUUGGACGGCGAUGGGUUAACUGGCACCGCAGUGGCCGUGAUAGAAGUUGCAGAUGUAAAUGACAACGCACCAGAGUUCAAGGAGCCAACGUACUCUGCAGAAGUACCAGAGAACGAAGCAGGGCUGGAGGUCGUGAGGCUGGCUGUGACUGACAAGGAUGAAGUCGGCUCCCCAGCAUGGCUUGCAGAGUACAACAUUGUGCAAGGCAAUGAGGGGAAUUCCUUCACCAUCUCCACUGAUCCAGAGACCAAUGAAGGCAUCUUGAAAACGGCUAAAGGCUUGGACUUUGAAGCAAAGAAACAGUACCUGCUGCAGGUAGCUGUCACCAACCAGGCCCCUUUUGUGGUGAAGCUCCCAACCUCCACAGCUACUGUGAUAAUCAAUGUGAGGGAUGUGAAUGAGGCCCCAGUCUUUGUGCCUCCCAUCCACAAGGCAGAGGUUUCAGAGGACAUCCCAAUAGGGCAGAAAGUCACCGCAUACACGGCACAGGACCCAGAUAAGAUGCAACCCCAGAAAAUCAAGUACUCCAUGGGGAAUGACCCGGCUGGCUGGCUGGCCAUCCACCCGGAAAAUGGCAUCAUUACAGCUAAGAGCAGCCUGGACCGGGAGUCCCACUUUGUCAAGAACGACACCUACAUGGCCAUUGUGCUGGCAGAGGAUGAUGGAACGCCUUCAGCAACCGGGACAGGCACCCUCCUGUUGACUCUGCUAGAUGUGAACGACAAUGGCCCCGAACCCGACCGGCGGGAGAUCAUCGUCUGCAACAGCAAGCCAGUGCCCCAAAUGUUGCGCAUCAUGGACAAGGACCUUCCCCCCAACACCUCCCCAUUCCGUGCAGAGCUUCUUCACAACUCGGAAGAAAAUUGGGCCGUAGAGAUGGACAACAAAGGAGAAACUGCAACCCUGACACUGUUGCAGCCCUUGAAGCAAGAGACGUACAAAGUUUACCUCCAGCUCUUUGACAACCAGAACAUGGAGCGGCUGACGGUCCUGACAGCAACUGUCUGUGAUUGUGAGGGGCAUACAGAAGGGUGCCCAGGUCCGCAGGGGACUGUCUUUGAGGCUUCCAUCAUCUUAGCCAUCCUGGGAGCCAUUUUGGCUGUGCUGAUUAUCCUCCUACUGCUGCUCCUCUUUGUGCGAAGGAGGAAAGUGGUGAAGGAGCCUUUGCUGCUUCCAGAAGAAGAUACCCGGGACAACAUUUUCUACUACGGCGAAGAGGGAGGUGGCGAAGAAGACCAGGACUAUGACCUCAGCCAACUACACAGGGGCCUGGAUGCUCGUCCAGAAGUCGUCCUCAGGAACGAUGUCCUGCCCACCCUUCUGCCAGCUCCACAGUACCGCCCACGCCCUGCAAACCCAGAUGAAAUUGGCAACUUCAUCCAUGAGAACCUAAAGGCGGCUGACACAGACCCCACGGCGCCCCCCUACGACUCCCUGCUGGUGUUUGAUUAUGAGGGCAGUGGCUCAGAUGCCGGCUCCCUCAGUUCCCUCAACUCCUCCAACUCCGACCAGGACCAGGAUUACGAUUACUUGAACGACUGGGGCGGCCGCUUCAAGAAGCUGGCAGACAUGUACGGCGGGGGCGUCGAUGACUAAGAGGCGUGGGUGGACUUUUGCAGCCCAGAGACAGGGUGGUCGUGGCUGGCUCUCACCCCUGCUGUUGGGGAUCUCUGCAAGAACCACAUGCUCCUCUUUCCCAGCAAAGCCUCCCUUGCGUUGCACCGGCUCCUGUCCGAAUGCCAAACACACAGCACCUCCUCCUUGAGUCCCUGGUGGCAACACCUGAAGCCCUGAGAAGGACCCAGCAGCUUCCUGGCAGAGUGUCUGGCUUCCUCUGAACUCACAGGCUGCCUUCCUGAAUGUGCCUGCAAAGGCUUUCUAGCCAGAUGAGCGAUGCUGUAUGUUACCUGCCUCUGAGUGCCUCUUGAUGAAAGCGUCAUCCUUUGCCAAGGAACCGGUCUGCAUUCUGUACCCUGGUUCCAAGAGAGGGCGUGUGUCAGAAGAUGCCCAGUUCUCGCUGCUGGAGCUGAUGUGUGUUCCACCCAUAUUCAUUUGGUGCCUCUGUACAAGAUUCAUGAAUGGACUAUGGGGAUGGGGCUGGUGUGGUGCAUGGGGAUGUAGUAGCUCUGUGUGUGCUGUAGUGGAGCAGCCCUGCCCAGACUCCUGCGAUCAGCUGGGGCACCUGCUCCCUAUUGGCUCAGCCCCCAAAGUGCCAGCAGUCCUCUUAGAAACUCUUGGCUGCUUUUUU